AUGUUACAGAAGUGUCGAUCCGCACAGUGUUGUUACAAAUUAGUACGAGCAAAAUUCAAAUGGUUUGGUAUUCAAACACGAGUAGAAAAUAUUAUUAUGACCCAAGAAGAACGUUUAUUUCGUAAUUUUCAUCGUCAAUUAUUUUGUUGGAUGGAUAAAUGGUAUGGUUUAACAAUGCAAGAUAUUCGAGUAAUUGAAGCUGCGACAAUUGAAGAACUCGAUAAAGAACGUAAAGAAGGUCAAAAAAGAGGUUUUGUCGGCGAAGAAUAA